UCGUAUCUUGCGUUCGCGAGAUAUUCACUGAUCUCAAAGGCAAGUUUAUGACCGAGCUUGAGUUAACAUUCUUUUCGAAGGUUCCAGAUAAUGAGUUAAUCUUUGAUAAGGUUAAAAUGAACCAAGCGGUUAAG